AUGUUUCUUGUGCACGCCCUUUGCGCCCCCGCCCUUCUAUCAAAAAUUGCUCUCUCAGGGGCAGAUACUGACCUGGACAAAUCCUCCUCAUCCACUUUACCAUAUCAAACUACGGUAUAUUCUUCGACUGGUGAAAGACAACCCAGGAGAAAUUCCUCUGGGCAGAACCUUAGUACGCGCCAACUUAAGCUGCUCAGAGACCUUAGCCUCAACCAUAUAUCCUAUCAGGAGCUACAGGAAAUAAUAAGCUGGCUGAAUGAAAAGUGGCCCGCUGCUGACGACCUGAUCCAAUCCAUACAACAACUGGUCGAUAUUGGGCUUUCAGACUCGCGAUCGUCGCCACUGCCUGACCCGCUGUCGGAUACCCAUGACAAACCACUGCCAACUGCUGUUCUCAUGUACCUGGGGAACCAGGUUGGACACAAACAAAGCACCGCACCCAACUCCCGAACAACACUGAACCCCGCAGAAUUCGCAGAGGAGCGCCUUACACACGCCCCAAUUAGUGCUUCUCUCGAGAUCAUAUACCCACCACAAGAAACAUCAAUCAUAUCAUCACUCCUUACCAUUCCCUUUUCAGCAUCACAACCCGCAGCAGCAGCAGCAGCAACUACGGCAACAAACUCCGAUAAAAGCCUAUUCACCACGCUCAAUGCCAUGGACAUCAUCGAUGAGCUCAUCAUCUGGACAGCUGAGAGGCCCUUUUGGGCAGCUCUGUUCUCCAUUUAUGCAUUGGUACUGCUGUUUCUCAUCUCCGUCGUGAUUGUUGAAGUAGGGGAUUUCGUCUGGGCUUUGAUUAGCACGAAGAUACCGUCAUGGAGACGAGUCAUCCUAUCUGGGCCCGAGAGACGUCUCGUCGCGGUUCCUGCGGCAGAGAAUGAUGAGAAGCGAAUGGGAGUGGACUAUGGGUCGUGUUGCGAGAUGGAUGGCUGA